AUGACGUCCAUGGUGAACAUCCCGAGCGACGACGACGACCCGGCAUACAGAUACAAAAUGCCCAAGUUGAUCGUCAAGGUUGAAGGCAGAGGCAAUGGAACCACGACUAACAUUGUAAAUAUGGUCGACGUGGCACGAGCCCUUAAAAGGCGUGGUAUCAGUUCUGAGAAGGAACAUUAUAAGCAUGAGAAGGAUAGUGCAGGGGAGGAGGGUAGUGGUACCGAUAAGAAGAGUAGAAGCAGCAGCAGCAGCAGGAAGAAGAAAAAGCACUCUAUUGGCGACGAUGGAUCUCCUUAG